CUUCCUUAAGCACACAUAGAUGACAUCCAUAUCCCCAGAAGCAGACACAUCUCUCAGGAGAUCUACGAGGGCCAAGAAGCGAAUCGUCCUUGCAGAGAGCGAUGAAGAGAACGAUGGGCCUCAGACCGCUCCCAAGAAAUCCAGAGCAUCCAAACCAAAGAGCGAAGAUGUGCUCGUUAUCUCCGACAAGGCCGAAAUCACUACUGAAGGCGUUUCCCUAUCACCCAAGGCCAAGAAGGUCGUUGCAGCGGUUAGUAAACCCAAAAAGGCGCCGGCCAAGAAGAAGAAGGAGAUGACUCCUGAUGAAGAUAGUGAAGAACGAGAGGACGAAGAGGAUGGCGAGGUGUUGAAGAUGGGAGAUAGGCUUCCAAGCAUCAAGUUGGAGGAUGAGGAGGGGAACACGGUUGAUGUUUCAACAUUGGCCGGUGAAAAGGGCGUUGUGUUCUUCUUGUACCCCAAGGCCGACACACCAGGAUGUACUAAUCAAGCAUGCGGGUACAGAGACAUGUUCGAAGAAAUCGCAGUAUUUGGUUAUGAGAUUUAUGGACUCUCAAAAGACACUCCGACGGCACAACAAAAGUGGAAAGCCAAAAAAUCUCUCAACUACCAUCUUCUCAGUGAUCCCAAGAGCAAACUGAUCAAAAGGCUGGGUGCAUUCGUUCCUCCCAAAAACACCAAGCGUUCUCACUUCAUCUUCGAGAAGGGAACGGGCAAUCUCAUCGACAUUGAUAUCGGCGUCAGGCCCGCAGAAGAUCCCAACAAUGUUGUCGGGUUCUUAACUGAGAAAUAUUUAUAAUAGAUAAGCGGAGCAUGUGCUCAUUCCAAACUGGCAUUGCUCAGCGGGUUUGAUGGGCGAAUCUUUGUGUUGAUUUCUUGAACAUUCUUGCACCUUUGUGAUAAUCAACCCCUCGUGUAUUGCAGAUUGGGCAACUUGAAUAAGGAAUAUGAGAAGAACCAAUUGCGCAGUAGUAAAAGAUAAGCUUUUGUUGAAUCGUUGCUGGGAUUAGCAGAGACAUGAAUGUAACACCGCUACAAUUA